AUGCCGCGCGCCACCUCUGAAGAGGGUGAGGUCGACCACAUUGACCUCACUGCUAAUCCUGAGGACCUCAUGGACGUGGAUGAGGACGAGGACCGAGUGAGAGAGGAAUCCAGCCUCUUUCUCCCCAACAGCGUCACGCCGCCUACCUUCAUUGAUCUCGUCGCCAACGACGGUGAGCCGGACGAUGAGACAGGAAUUCCUCGGGGAAGAUCCGACUCAAGUCUCUUUGUCAAUGACGAACCCGAGGACGAAGACGAAGACGAGGGCACCGUUGAUCACGAAAGCAACAAUAAUGACAACGCCAUCAACGUCGACGACGACGACGACGACAACGAAAUGAACGACAACGACAAUAACGAAGACGAUGACAUGAAUGACAACGAUGUGGACAACGGCAACGGCAACGGCGUGAACAACAACGAUGAUGACAACGAUGAUGACAACGAUGGCGGCAACAAUGGCGGCAACAAUGAGGACAAUGAGGACAACGAGGACAACGACGAUAGUGAUGACAGCGAUGACAGUGACGACAACGAUGAUCGCGUCCCGUCCGAUCAAAAGAACGCGGACGCAGCCCUCGAAGAGGCUCUCGAGGAGGAAGGCAUCACUGAGCCCGACUGGGCUGAAGGAUGCUUGAGGACUUGCAAGCCUCACUGGGAUGAGGUCGCUCACGCACUCCUGAGAUACCGUAGACGCUUCCUCCUCAAGAGGACCGAGCUCCGAGACGUCAAGACCAGCCUUCGUCAACAACUCCGUCAGCUCAGACAGGAGAAUCAACGGCUCCAGGCCCGUGGGCAGCGGCGCCCACACAACAAGUCGUGGCGUAGAAUCGUUCGCCUCUGGGUUUGUGGGCCCCUGAGGCCCGAGGGCUUUCGGAACUGGGGAGAUAUCUACAAACUUUCGUGCAAGGAGGAGAACAUGUCGUGGGCUUUUAGCACGCGAAAGUCCUCCAAGAUGCACCCAGGCCUCAAGCUGCGUGCUCCCGAUGACGAGGAAGAAGAAGAAGGGAUCGUGGCGAUUUCUGAUGACGAGGAAGAGGAAUCCCCUGAUCCAGGCUCGGUCCGAGGGCCACCUCCAAAUCGACCGUCGCCUCCAGGUCAGCCACCGUCUCUGGGGGGUCCACGGCAGUCCUCCCUUGAACGACUCCCCAUCAAGCUGCAGAUCAAGAUCUUCUCCUACCUCUUCGUCUUUGAGCGAGAGCUGGUUCACGCCAUCUCCCGCCUGGACCCGUACUACGAGCCGACCGAGGUGCCUCGCAACUGCAGUGGUCGAGUCUCCCUCCUGCACCGGUUCCACGUUGGCCAGGAGAGCAUCUCGCUGACCUUUGGAGCCAUCAAGCCGCAGGAGCUCCUCGCUCCGCUCCUCGUGUCCAAGCACUUCAACUAUCUUGGGGCCAGCCUCUUUUACGGGAGCAAUACCGGAAUCGGCGCCAGGCUCCAGCACGUCCAGCACGUCGAGAUCCUGUGGAUGGGCUCCCAGUGUGUCACCUACAAGCCUGACGACAAGCACCGGUACACGUCGCGCCGGACGCACCACCUCGCCUGGUUCAGCGAGGCCCGCCGCCUCAAGUCCAUCGCCGUCUACAUCCCCGAGUCGUCCAAGCAGUACAUGCGGCGCAAGCAUGAGCCCCCUCACAUCAUCGAGUACAUGGCCGAGAAGACGGCCGGGCAGCCCAACUACCGCCGCUUCCGCGCCCUGCGCACCAUCCCGGGGCUCGACUACCUCCAUGUGCUCCGCGGGCUCAACGGCAUCACCUUCUGGGACUACGACAAGUGGCUGGAGCUGGGCUCCAAGCUGCCCGUCCGCGACUGGACCUUUGUGAGCGACCUCAACAACACGGUGCGCCGUGCCAAUGCGGAGGAGGACAUGAGAUUCUGCACACUUCGCAGGCUGGCCCCUUUCGUCAUUGGAUAUCGCCCUGAUGACGAAAUCAUCGACGAGAUCGAAACCUUUGUCAACCAGUACUCGCCGGGCUGUGGUGGGCAGGUCGUCGACCUGACUAUGGAUGAUGACUAG